AUGGAAGACGGCUCAGAAUUCAGGCAUCCUAACCCGGAGAGGGAGGGGUCCGACGAGGAGAAGCACUUCGUUCCUCUCUCGCAACUGGCCCCGUUUAUCUCCUGUUCUAUUUGCAAAGGCUACUUAAUAGAUGCGACGGCCAUUACAGAGUGUCUUCAUACCUUCUGUAAAAGCUGCAUCGUAAAACAUUUUGAACAUAGCAACAGAUGUCCAAAGUGCAACAUUAUAGUGCACGACGCCAAACCUCAUAAUAACUUGAGGAUGGAUCCACAACUACAAAACAUAGUGUACAAAUUAGUGGAGGGUCUAGAGGAAAAGGAAACAAAGCAGAGGCGUGAAUUCUAUAAAGAAAACCGUGGGCAAACACCAAAACCCGCUGCUGUUCCACAGCCAGGCCCUUCAAGUGAAGAGAACACCAAGGAAGUUGUGGACUAG